AUGAAGUUUGGGGGGAAGGGGAUGAUCCAGCUCAUGGUACUGCUAUACAAUUGGGUGUGGAAAAACGAGUAUACGCCAAGUAGAUGGAGGGAAGGAGUGGUUGUGAACUUGUUUAAGAAAGGAGACAAGACUGACCCAGGAAACUACAGGGGGAUCACACUGUUGAACACAGUAGGAAAAGUGUUCUGUAAGCUGCUGAACGAUAGGAUAGUGGGAGUAUUGGAGAAGGAACAUAGCAUUAGUGAGGGCCAGGCAGGUUUCCGCAAGAAGAGGGGGUGCGUAGACCACGUGUUCACGGUAGGGAGAAUCAUCCAAGGUAGAAAGAGGGCGGGAAAGCCGACGUACUGCUUCUUCCU